GCUAAAAUAAACCCACACUCCGCAUUUAAAAACCCGAUUUGAUUUUUCAAGUACUCCGUCUUCAUAACGAAACCGGCAAUGGCGAGAAGGUACACGACGCUACGAAAGAAACUCAGGGAACUCGAAACGGCGGUGGUGGAGUUGUUCACUCUCCCGCCGGAGUCGCCGCACCGCCACCGCCUCUCGGACGGCGUGGAGGAGCGUCUCGGGGCGCUCAAGGCGCUAUUGUCGUCAGAGAUGUCGUCCGUGCCGGAUGCAAACCCGGACAACCUGCUCCAGAUCGCCGAGAUUCUCUCCGAAUUGGACAUGGCUUUCAGAUGCGCGGCGGCGGUCGGCAGCGGCGACGGCGAUGCGGGAUCGGUCGAUAUGUCGGAUCUAGGGUUCAAGGUUUACGACGUUCCGGAGGAGUUGACGGAGGAUCGUGACGGAGAAGAGGAAGGAGAUGGGGGCGUGUGGGGGACGGAUGACGGCGUCAAAGAAGAGCCGUCAUCGGCGGUGAAGGCAAAUAUGGGAAGUGAUUAUCAUAGAGCGUGGGGUGUUGGAGCGGUGCUUGGAGCCUUUUCCAUGACCACCGGCGGCCGUUAUGUAAAAGAAAGAAAUAAUAAGCUCCGGGCAGGAACUUUAUCAAUGGAUUUCACGAGUGCUCUCCGCCGGGCUCUCAUUUUCAGUGCUUUGCUGUUCUUCACCGUCUGCUUCGCCGGAGACCGAUUUGUCUACUUCGAGUUGGAGUACUCUUACGUCACUCAGUCUCCACUCGGCGUUCCUCAGCAGGUGAUUGCAGUUAAUGAGAAAUUUCCUGGUCCUGUUUUAAAUGUUACAACUAAUGACAAUGUGGUGGUUAAUGUGAGGAACAACCUGGAUGAAGAUCUUCUGGUUACUUGGUCGGGCGUUCAUAUGUGGCGUUCUUCUUGGCAAGAUGGAAUUCGGGGUACAAAUUGCCCUAUCCCGUCGCGAUGGAACUGGACCUAUCAGUUUCAGGUCAAGGACCAAAUUGGGAGUUUGUUCUAUUUUCCAUCCACAUUAAUGCAGAGAGCAUCUGGUGGCUUUGGUUCAUUUAUUAUCACUAAUCGCCCUGUUAUCAGUCUUCCUUUUGGUUUUCCUGAUGGGGAUAUAGUCAUAUUCAUUGGGGACUGGUACACCCGAAAUCACAAGGCUUUACGGGCUGACCUCGAUGCUGGUAAAGAGCUGGGAAUGCCAGAUGGGGUCCUUAUCAAUGGCAAAGGACCCUACAAAUACAACUCUUCGCUUGUUCCAGAUGGCAUUGAUUAUGAAACGAUAAAUGUUGAUCCAGGCAAAACUUAUAGAGUUCGGGUGCACAAUGUGGGAGUCUCAACAUGUUUGAACUUUAGGAUUCAAAACCAUAACUUGCUCUUAGCAGAAACAGAAGGAACCUACACCUCACAGCAGAACUUUAGUAGCAUAGAUAUCCAUGUAGGGCAGUCCUACACUUUUCUGGUCACAAUGGAUCAGAACGCAAGCAGCGAUUACUAUGUCGUCGCAAGUCCAAGAUUUGUGAACCAAUCAACUUGGCAGAAUGUCACCGGUGUCGCCAUCUUGCACUAUUCCAACUCCAUGGGAAAAGCAUUUGGACCUCUUCCGGAUCCUCCCAAUGACGUCUACGACACAUCCUAUGCCUUAAAUCAGGCCAUGUCCAUCAGGCAAAAUGUAUCUGCGAGUGGAGCCCGCCCGAACCCGCAAGGAUCAUUCCAUUACGGCUCUGUUAAUGUCACGGAUGUUUACAUCCUAAAGAGUUUCCCACCAUUGAUGAUUGAUGGGAAGCUCCGAACCUCGUACAACAUGAUAUCCUUUGUCAAUCCCAAGACUCCAAUCAAGCUUGCUGACGAAUACAAUGUUCCGGGCGACUACAAACCUGACUUCCCAACCAAGCCCAUGAACAGACCACCUAAGAUGGACACAUCAAUCAUCGACGGAACUUACAAGGGAUUCAUUGAAAUUGUACUGCAGAACAAUGACAGUGUUGUUCAGAGCUUUCACAUGAGCGGUUAUUCUUUCUUUGUGGUCGGAAUGGGAUAUGGAGAAUGGACUGAGAACAACAGGGGAUCAUAUAAUAGAUGGGAUGCGAUAUCCCGUUCAACUACACAGGUUUUUGCAGGAGGGUGGACAUCUGUGUUGGUAUCUCUUGACAAUGUUGGGGUGUGGAACCUUAGAACAGAAAACCUUGACAGAUGGUACUUAGGCCAAGAAACCUACCUCAGAAUCACCAAUCCGGAAGAUACCGGAAACAAAACCGAACUCCCCGCUCCAGAGAAUGUUCUUUACUGCGGUGCCCUUGCUUCAAUGCAGAAGCAUCAAAAAACAUCUUCUGCAGCAACCCUUCAUGGAAGUUUGAGGUUGGUUUUAUCCACUCUGUUUCUAUCUGUAGCUGUCAUCAUCUGCUUCCAUUUUCACUGAGGUUUAAGUGCUUUAGAGCAGUGGGUAGGGGUAGUUUUGGAAUGGAGAUUGCUUGGGCGUUUUUGGUGUUCUGCUGAUUUUCUUUAACCAUUUUUUUACCUUUAAAAGAAGAGGUAAAAAAAAAAAAAUUGUGCUCAAGAAGUUUGUGUACUCAUGAGGACUUGAAUGACCAAA